CCACCCCGUCACCGUCAUCGAGCCUGCACCUGCAAGUUAUCGAUCGACCUCAUCCGCGUCUUCUGCCCUCCCACUCCAUUCCGCCGCCCGUCGCUCUGCGUCAUUCCUGUUUCUGCCCAGUCGCUCGUUCGGUCAGCCGCUCCUGCUAGCUCCUGGCCUUCUCCGCGCUCACCAUGAUACCCCGGACCGCCCUCUCGGCGCUUCUCUACACGACCACCGUCAUCGCCGUGUGCACCAAGCUCGAAGACUGUCCCCAGUAUGAGCCUCUCAAGACGGACGAGUGCCAGCCCUUUCACCACUUCCUCGCACGCGGCUCCACCUCGCCCUACCCUGGCCACGUAAUCGAGACAGUCGGCAAGGUCUGCAAUGCCCUCAACACGCAGGAGAAUCCAAAGGCCUGCGGCUACGAGGACGUGCAGUACUGGGCCAUGAACGGCGGCGAGAAAUGGUGCAUAUCGUCGCACGAGGGUGCAGUCAAUGGCGCCGCGCAGAUGAGAAACUAUACCGAGCGCUGCCCAGACAGCCAUCUGAUUGUCAUGGGAUUCAGUCAGGGUGGCAGCGUUAUGCUCGACGUCCUCGGCGGCGGCGGCGGUCCUCUUUGGGGGUGCGACCAGGCAUCGAAUCCGAGCAUGAACAUUACCAGCGCUCCAGGCUCCAAGGUUGCAGCUGCACUCGUCUUCGGUCCCACGAGGCGCUCCGCGAACCAGACCUGGACCCGUGGCGGUGGCCAAGUCUCAGAUGGCGGCGCUCCUCGAACGCCCGAACAGAAUGCUGGUCUGAAGCCCUAUGCCGACGCCGGUAUCCUUCGCGAAUACUGCCAGCCGGGAGACCCCAUCUGCGCUCCCCACACGGACAACAAAGACAUGUCCAAGCACCUUGACUACUUUGACAUCUACGGUGACGAGGCAGCCAACUGGGUCAUCGAACUCGCCAGGAAGGCUGAGCGCAAAGAUCAGACGUCGGGGGCCAAGAGCAUGCUACACCAGACCAUUUCGCACUCCAUCGCCAACGUCUUCAUUGUCAUCUUUGUGCUCUGCGCACUGUAUUUUGCCGUCAGGAAAUUCGCUGUGUGGAAAACGACUCGCUUCCCUUCGUAUUCGCGCGUCGACACUGCCGAAACCGUAUGAGGGCGAUAUGCACAUACAAGCAAAUGCUCGUCUUGGACUAUGCUUGGCACCAACAAAAGGGUAUGCCGUGCCGCGCACCCGCCCAACCAAAACCAAAAGAGGAGCAAGCGCCGGGGGCGCAACAGACUCCACACGCACACUGUACGGACAUGAUGGAGGGAAGAGUGCGUAAGUAACCAAGUCUCUGAAAAAGAGGAGACACUUCUACAUAUAGGCAUUUGGCGGGGAAAAGCGCCAAGUUCUCUUCUCACUGCAUCCUGUUGUAUACAUAUAGCACCCUUUAUUACCAGCCGACCGGCUCGGCGAAUCAGCAUUAGCAUAGCGAAUUUUCAAUCAACC